AUGGACGGCCCGGAAACCAAGAGACUGGAGGUAACCAAGUCUUUCCAGCAUUGUGUCUUUGACCUAAUAAAGAGGAGGAAUGCCCCCACGUGCCGGUAUGCACAUAACGCUACCUGUUUAUCUGGCGAAGGAACUUGCCUGACACCCAAACAUGGGUCAUGCUCAACUAUAUCCCACUACAAGGGUAAACAUCUGUACUCACAGCAAAUGUGUAAACAUAAUUGCUAUGAAGAUCAAUACACCUAUCGGAAUGAGAUGAAUGUGACAUUGUGCUGUAAUAGAAAUUUAUGUAAUAUCUACUAG